CAGAAUAUCCGGUCAUAGCUAAGUCUUUCUCCUCCAGAGAUUUGUCUCGGGGAUGUUGAGCUCUGUGAAGAUGGAAACCCAUGAUCUACCAGAGUGGAAUACUUUCUACAGCGAGGCCAGUGAGAUGUAUUCCUCUCCCAGCACUAUGAACUCUGGUCUGGGCUCCAUGGGCUCCAUGGGCACCAUAAACAGCUACAUUAACCUGAACCCGGCCACCGCUUCCCCCGCAGGUAUGAACAUGGCGUACCCCAGCUCCAGCCUCAGCAGUUCCCCGCUGGCCUCCAUGGGCUCCGGGCCCGGCCACAUGUCCCUCUCCCCAGUGGCCUCGUCCCUCAGCUCCAGCUCUCUAACUCAGCUGGGCCCCGCUGCUUCCGGCUCCCUGGGCUCCUUGUCCCACUACCAGAACAUGGGCCAGUCCAUGAGCCAACUGGGAUACCCUUCCACUGCGACCCUGAGCCGGGCCGGGCCCAAGGAGAUUCCCCCGAAGCCCUACCGACGCUCCCUGACCCACGCCAAGCCACCGUACUCGUACAUCUCCCUCAUCACCAUGGCGAUCCAGCAGAGCGGCAGCAAGAUGCUCACCCUGAACGAGAUCUACCAGUGGAUCAUGGACCUGUUCCCCUACUACCGUGAGAACCAGCAGCGCUGGCAAAACUCCAUCCGCCACUCACUCUCCUUCAACGACUGCUUUGUGAAGGUGGCUCGCUCGCCAGACAAGCCAGGCAAAGGUUCUUACUGGACUCUGCACCCGCAGUCAGGCAACAUGUUUGAGAACGGCUGCUACCUGAGGCGCCAGAAACGCUUCAAGAUCGAGGACAAGAUGGCGAAGAAAGGAGGCAAGAGCCAGGAGGUUGGCUCAGGGAAAGGAGGCCACAGUGGAGAUCACCUGGUGGAGGAUCGCAGCCCCACGGGAGGAUCAGAGGGAGCCGACUCCACCCACUCAGACAACUCCCACCCGGGGUCUUCAGACGACCAGCCGCAUCCCCGAAACUCCCUGGUUCCACUAGACUGCCCAGCGCUGUCCUCCUCACAUCUCCACAGCCCGCCGGUCUCCCUGCCUCCCUCCUCCUCCACCUCAUCCUCCAUCCCUCCAUCCUCCUUGUCCCUCUCUGCCACCUCCUCCUCCUCCAACCCACUCCUCCACUCCCAGUCUUUAGCGGGUAGCACCCACCUCCUGCCCAGCGCCAUGCAGCAGCACAUGGACCUACAGAACGACGCCCUAAAGUCCCUGGACCCCCACUACAACUUCAACCACCCAUUCUCCAUCACCAACCUCAUGUCCAACGAGCAGAAGAUGGACCUCAAGUCCUACCAGGACCAGGUGAUGGCCUACAACAGCUACACUGGUGCCUCUCCUGUGGGAGCCAAGCAGAUCUAUGACAGCCCCGGGCCGGCCGCCAUGGACUCAGGUGCUUAUUACCAAACUCUGUACAGUCGCUCGGUUCUCAACGCUUCCUAAUAUGGACACUCACCCACUCACACACACACCUGUCCGUAGUGGUGAGCCAAGAUGGAGACUGCUCUCUCUCUCUGCCUUUAUUAAAAUGGACACCCAUCUCUCUUUAUCUUCCUCUUUCUUUCUCUCUCCCUCUCUGGCUCACGUCCAGCGGCCCUGGAAGAGACUCAAAUCUAAAAUGGCUGCCGUGUUUGAGGGACCAAAGAACACUUUUUUCUUUUACCAGCUCCGACGAACACGGAGACUGGGUUAGUUUAAUGGAGGACAGAGAAGUAAAGCUGGAUGAUAAGAGGUCUUAACUUCAUCAAAUGAUGAAGACAUUUGACUCGUCUGUGUGUAAGUCAAUACAGAUUUCAGAUCCCGUCCUAGCCUGUCGCAGGAGCACCGUGUUUGGCAAAAUUGGCUUUGUACAAAAUGUAAAUAGAGCUAAUGUGGGGGGAAAGGAUAUUUGCAUUUAUUUAUGAAGGGAAUAAAUUUUAAUAUAUCUUGUAUAGCGCUCUGUCGACCAGUUACAACCCAAAUGUGAGUUUUUUUUGUUUUUGUUUUUUUUAACCAAAGACGGAGAGAAGGAGGAGAGUUUCAGGUUACUGCUUCAGGCAGGUGUUACUGCAGUGUCAGACAGUUAAGUAAAUUUUUUUUUUUUUUUUGUUACAGCAUUUCACACUACGUUCCAUCAUUUCUGUCAGAUCGGGCAUCCAUCAAUGUAAAUGUAGCUCAUGAAGUCUGUACUUUCAUAAAAAUUAUAUGUAGUUUCGUUUGCAAUGAAGAGAAAAGAAGCCAUUUCGUCCUUGCCGGAGCACAGAGGAAACAGGAAUAAAAAAAUCUUCUGCAGCCAGAAGGAAAAAGACAAAGUAACUGUGGUAAAAACUUUAAAAAAAAAAGGCCUGUUGUUUCUGUUUUUGAUGGCCCCAAAUAAUUUCCUGUUGUUACCUAUAUGAGAGCAUUGAAUCUAAAUGCUUUUCCACAAACUGUAACCUUUUGAAUAACAGAUAGCUGGUGAGGUGCAUGGGGGAGUUCAGUCAGUUACUAAAACAGAGGAAGGGAGGAGAGAUGCACUAUGGGAGGAUUUACAUACAGUACUUUGCACUAUGGAGCUCCCACUGGUCAGGUGGGCUGAUAGUGUGUGCGUUUGUGUGUGUGUGUGUUACAACAAUACUUUGGAAACACCCCCUUACACUGUCAAUGCAUCAGCUCAAUGGGAUCAGUGUAACAAUGUCAAAGGGUGUAAAACAACCCUCGCUGUCCAAAAAGUUCCUUUUUCUGUAAAUGACUGCUGAUCUGAUAAGAGAUCGGUGUAUUGCUGAUCUAUUAGAGGAUUAUUCUGAUAAAUAGCAGAGGGGUCAGAAGUUUCAGGUCACAUGAUGUCCUCUGUGGAGCAUAUUUUAGUUUCAAAGAGAAAUGUCUUUUAUUUAAGCUAUGUUCCUUUUCAAACUUUGAAAGUGUGCUGAUAUAAUAUAUUGUUUUUUUGUUGUUGUUUCUGUUGGUUUAAAUGUGAUUAAAAUGAUUCAUGUUUCAUUUUUCUUAUUAAAAAG